AUGCAAUUAUUAACAGAUAAUAACACUGACAGUAUGAUACAAAUUGAAGACUUGACUGAAAAUAAUAAAAAAGAAAAAAACUUGAAAUGUUUCAUAAAAGAAUUAAUUAUUGAAAAUUUUAAAAGCUACAAAGGAAAGCAUAUAAUUGGGCCAUUUUCGAAAGGGUUAACCUGUAUUGUUGGUCCAAAUGGCUCAGGAAAAUCAAACCUAAUGGAUGCUUUGUCUUUUGCUUUGGGAUUAUCAUCAAAUGACAUGAGAAGCACAAAUUUGAAAGACUUAAUUUACCGUCCGGAACAAGAGGGAGGGCCGGUUGAUAUAUCCCAAUCAGUUAAUGCCGUGUUUUUGCCUCAGAAAGGAUCGAAACAGAACUUUUCAAACAAUGCUGAGGUAUCGCUUAUCUUUAUAUCGUAUUUUGAUAACCAAGAAAUAAAAUUUUCAAGGAAAAUUUUAUCAAGCGGAGCUUCAAGAUAUAUAAUUGAUAAAGAUGUUGUUUCACAGGAGGCAUACGUAAAAAGGCUAGCAGAUUAUAAUAUUUUGGUAAAAGCAAGAAACUUUCUGGUUUUUCAAGGGGAUGUAGAAGAUGUCGCACAAAGAGCACCAAAAGAGCUGACAAAACUCUUUGAACAAAUUUCCGGUAGUGACGAGUUUAUCGAAGAAUAUGAUCGCCUAUCUAAUGAACAAAGUUUAAAUCAAAUAGUGUCACAUAAUAGUUUUAAUAGAAGAAAACUCCUCGAAGCGGAAAAACGAGAACUGCAGAAACAGAUUGAGGAAGUAAAUGAGUAUGAAAAGCUGACCGAACAAAUGGCAAAUACUAAACUGGAACUGACUCUUCUUCAGCUAUAUUGUAAUGAAGUGAUGGGAGGAAAAUAUUUCGAGGAGCGGCAGAAUAUAGAUAAUGAAAUUACAUUAAUGAACCAAAAUAUAGAAAGUGCGAAAAAAAAAAUUAAGGAAGACGAAUCUAAACUUGCCAAUGACAACUUAAAAUGGAAUAAUCAAUGCAGCGAUCUUGAAAUAUUGGAGCAGGAUGAAUCUUCUAAGAAAAAUGAACAGAUCAAAUACGAGAGUAGCAUUAAACAUAAUAAACUGGAACUAAAGAAAUUACUAAAACAAAAGGAGACUAUACAAAUAUACGAAAAAAAGAAUGAAAAAUUAAUUGAAGAAUACAAAACAAAAAUGGAGCUAAUUAAUAAUGAGUUAAGAAGCUUAGAGCUGCCAGAAUCUUCUGAAUUUAUGGAUGUCAUAUCUUCUGAUCUGCAAGAAUAUAUUGAAUGCAAAAAAAAGGCGGAUAUGGAGUCUUCUGAAUUAAGAGAACAAUUACUUCAAGUAGAACGAGAAAUGGCAAAUAAACUUGGUUUAAUUGAAAUUUUGGAAAAAGAAAAUGAAGAAAUUCAGACUCAAUUAACCACUAACAAGGGAAUGUUAGAUUCAAUUUCAAUCAAAGUUAACGAGCAAAAAGAAAGGCUAAAUCAUUCAAAAGAGAAUGAAGCAGAGUUAAAUUCUCAAAUAUUUGAAUUGGAAACUAAUUUUAAUGGUUUGACAGAUAAGAUAGCAGAAUUUACGGAGCAAAGAGAUAUGUAUAAUGAAAGAAUCAAGAAUAUAGAUGCAAAGAAAGGAGAAAUUCAGAAAGAAAUGGAAUCCAGGAAACUGAUUGAAGAUAUGAAAAGUUUCAUUAAUACCAGAGAAAUAACAGGAAUGGAGGAAAACCUUGUUUUUGGUAGACUUUCUGAUAUGUGUCAUUCAAAUAAUAAGCAAUACAAUUCAGUAAUAGACUCUGCACUUGGAAAAUACGGUGAAUAUAUAGUGGUAAGUACUUGGGAAACCGCAAAAAAUUGUAUAUUUUGGUUGAAACAGCAAAGAAAGCAGCCAUUGAAUUUCCUACCUCUAAAUUCUGUUAAAUUUAAUAAAGGAGGUAAUUCCUCAGUCAAAGAAGCAAACUUUAGAGCAAUAUGCAAUAGCAACAAAUCAAUAAGAUCUUUAGCUAAAGACAAUUUACAUACAUCAGAUGAAAGGAUACAGCCUGUAUUAGAAUUUUGUCUUUUUGGAGUAAUAUUCACUGAAAGCCUAGAGGAUGCAAAGAAAAUAUUUUACAUGGAAGCUCCGAGAUUGGGAGUUAUCCCUAAAGUGAUGACUUUUGACGGUGAGAAAAUACUUAAGAAUGGCAAUAUCUCUGCUGACUCAUCUAGAAGUCAGGCCAGUAGCAAAAAUUUUGCAAGAGAAUAUACAAAUUUAUCCAGUAAAAUCGAAGCACUUAACGAACAAAUUUUUAAGCUUGAAGAAACCGAAUCUGACGGUCAGAGAAAACUCUAUAGAUUGAAAGAAAACCUGAAAAGACUGAAAAUUGAUAGAAAUUCCACAGAAUUAAAAAUUGAUAUUUAUGGCAAAAACAAAAGUGAAAAAAGCAAAGCGAUAAGCCUUUUAGAAAAGAAACUUAAUGAAAGAGAAGAGGAAAUAUUGAAACAUCGUUCAGAAUAUGAAUUAUUGCAUAGAAAAUUAGAAAAUUUGAGGAACGAGAUUCACGAAUCUGAUCAGAAGCACUUUAUAAAACUUUCUAAGAAACUAAAUAUAGAAGAUAUUAGUCUACUUGAACAAAAUUCUAGGAAAAAACAUGAAGAACAACUUCAGAAGAGAAAGAAACUUCUCAGUAAAUUAAAUAUCCUUAAAGAAGAAUAUGAGAGUAUUAAAAAAAAGAAUGAUUCAUUAAAGGAAAAAUUUAAAGAAAAAGAGACCAAUUUACUUCGUAUUGAGAAUCUAGUUUCUGAAGAAUGCAAACAUUUAGAGAAAUUAAACGAAGAAAUUUCAAAACUUGAAUCUAAACAAAUUAAUAUAAAGAACACAAUAAAAUCGUUUUUAUCACUUAAGAAAGAAACCCAGAAAGAGCUAGAAGCAAAAAAAAAGUCUUUAUUAGAACUGCAAGAGCUAUGUGCAACCAAAGAGCUUGAAAGAAGCUCCAAAAACGAGGAAUUGGAGUUGCUCAAUGAAGAACUGAUUUCUUUACUGAAGAAUAUUGUAUUUGAAAACAUUAAAAUUCCUUUAAUAUCUGGAGAAUACGAAGAUAUUAGGAAGUACUGGGAAUUUUUUGAAAUCAGUGGUAAAAACAAGAAUGAACCUCACAUUGAGGAUCUAGAGCCCCCAAUUAUCCAAAUAGACUAUAGUACCCUAACUGAAAAACAAAAAUGUUCUUCUAAUUCACGGAAACAAAUAGAAAAUGAGAUUUUGAGACUCAAAAAAAACAUGUCUGAUAUUUCUGAUAAACUGGAGUCUUUGAACCCAAAUAUGAAAUCGAAAGGAAAGCUUAAAGAAAUAGAUGCACAGUUAGACGCACUUUUAGAAGACCAAAAAGAUAUGAGAAAGAAGUCUAUGGAAAUUGACAAGUCAUAUAAAUUAAUUCGUAAAAAGCGAACAGAAUCGUUUAUGAAAUGCUUUGAAACAGUAAAAGAAGCUGUUGGAGAUUUUUAUUCCCGAUUGACAUGUAAUAAUUCUAAUGUUGGCGGUCAAGCAUUUUUGGAUUUGGAUGAUACAAAUUUGGAAGAACCGUUUGCAUGCGGAGUAAUUUUUCAUGCAAUGCCUCCAUCAAAACGCUUCAGAGAUAUACAACAGCUUAGUGGAGGCGAGAAAACUAUGGCUGCGCUGGCACUGCUUUUUGCGAUGCAAAGCUAUCAUCCAUCUCCCUUUUUCGUGCUAGAUGAAGUGGAUGCAGCUCUUGAUCCCUGUAAUGUACAGUCUAUAGCUAAGUUUUUAAGAAAAGCUUCAUUCCAAUCAAUUGUUAUUUCUCUUAAAGAUAGGCUUUUUUCCCAAGCAGAUACACUCAUAGGAGUUUAUAAAAAUAGAGAACUACAGACAAGCUCCACUAUGACUCUAGACUUGCGAAAGUAUUCUCAAUCAACAGUAACCUCACCCAAUUUGCAAAAGGAGAACUUGACAUAUAAUUCUGCAUUCUUAAGAAGUGUUGAAUAUGAUUCACAUGAUAACGAGUCUGCAACAAGUGCUAGUUUCUUAGAAAAAAAAUCUAAUCUGAACAUUGAUAUUAGCCAAAACAAAUCAAUUUGUUGA